AAAAAAAGGGAACUGCAUGAAUGAAUGAAUCCUUUUGGAAGAACGGAACUCCUAAGUACUUACCUUUUUGUUGUGAAGUGGAGACUGAAGUCCCUAGACCACCGGAAUAUUUUAGCAAGAUUCCGCAUUUAAAGCAUCGUAACCACAACCAUUGGAGUUGGGUGUUUUGUAACUGUGUAAAGUACGGUCAGAAAUGGUAUUGUAGUUCUAGAAGGAGACAUUAUUAUUGUAUGAAGUGUCGAGAGUACCAAUUCCCCCGUGGAGACCAAUUGAAUAGAGUGGGAAUUAAUAGACUAAUUUGUGGGUGGGAAUUAUUAGUACCUGAAACCUGGGAAGUGUAUGAGAACGAUUGGCCUGAAACUAUAAGGCAGUGUGCUAUCAGAUUCGCGUGAAAGCGAGCUAGAGGUAUCACUAAAAUGGAUUCUGCUCUUAAAUAAAAUUUGUGUAAGGAAUGCUGGUGGACACACUGUAGGAACAACCACCCAUUUAGGGACGGCUGUACACAGUGUACCCAAAGGAGGAGGGGACUAAACACGUCUGCCUUACGGGGGGUGGGUAGCUAUGGGAAAUCCCUAACCAACCCGAAGCUCCUAUAACCCUGAAUCCUGCGAGUGUCUUGUCAUUUCCCAGGUAAUAUAAAAUAUUCUGCACAGUUCCCGGAGAGGAGCUGAAUCCUGUAAGGGCUUUGCAAGUGGAAAACACGCCCUUAAGAAGUACAACUGCUGCCAAGAAGAUGAGAAACCUCGCUGCUCCAGGCACCGGAGUAGGCGAAGUAGGCAGAGGCGUACGGAAAAGGAAGUGUGAGUACACCGUGAGAUCAUCGGCGGGUAAUAGCGAGAAACAGACACUUCGAGAGGAAAAAUGGACUCUGAGAGCCCGACCAGGUAUGCCCUGGCAAAGAGAUAAUCGGGAAUUGACAUCGACACCUAUUGGUGUUCCUUGGGGAACCCCACCAGCAAUCCGUGUUUGGAUGAUGUUACUGUGGUAUUUGCUUGUUGGGCAUACGGUAUCUGGCAAUGUCAGCCAUCAACCCUUCAAAUGGUCACUAAUACAAUUAGAACACUCAGUUGUCAUACAAACCAGAAUUACCCCGGGCGCUCCCUCUUUCACGGCCCACUUAAGUUCCCUAAUAAGGUCAUACCAUGGAUGGGCCCCCAUUGAUGAGAAUACUCGCAAGUAUACAGUUCAGCAUAAAGCCUUUUAUAUGUGUCCAGCUAACAAUCCAGGAAAAGAAUAUUGCAAUCACCCAGCUGAAUAUUACUGUGCAUAUUGGGGCUGUGAAACAAUAGCAUCAGAAUGGGCACCAGGGGGAGGAAAAGACCAAUUUUUAACUGUAGGAUGGGGACCGUCAGGAUGUCAAAAACCCACCUAUGGGCCUCAAGGUACGAUUCGAGGAGGCACAUGUUGGCAUAUUUAUCUUAACAUUUCGAAACCUGAGGAUCUAGGAUGGACUAUAGGGAGAACAUGGGGAAUCAGGUUUUGGGAACCAGGCACUGAUACAGGGGGAAUAAUUUUAAUAAGGAAGGAACCAGUGCCCAAUGAACCCUCCGGUGUGGGACCAAAUCCAGUAUACAAUGGCCAAGCUACGGGAGGGGUUAGAAAAAUGAAAAAAAGACUGGGAAACACAACAGAGUUGGUAUGAGUCUAUGUUUAAUUAUUCACCCUGGUUAACCACCCUAUUGUCAACUAUUGCAGGACCUCUUAUUUUGUUGAUCUUAUUUUUGACUUUUGGGCCAUGCAUUUUUAAUAAGUUGAUCGCUAUUGUUAAAGGGCACUUGGAAGCUGCACAUUUAAUGCUGCUACGAAAGCAAUAUGAACAAAUCGGGGACGGAGGAAUUACUCCUAUCCUCGGGCGGGCAAAAGAAGCAUUGGAUCGAUUUAAUGAACAAAAUCAGGAUAAAAUAGAAAAGGGGGGACUGUAAUAAACAGGUUAACUUUGUUCAUAAAAUCUCACGUGGGGGUAGGGACGUUACCGCCCCACUUUGUACUCUGGCUCCCAUAAGUCCAUGCUUGAACGAAAAGCCCUUCUAUUUUUGUCCUAGUUUUAAUCCAGGGAAGGGGUAUUACAAUGCACCUAACCAAUAUUACUGUACUUAUUGGAACUGUGUUACAAUUGCAGAAUAUUACUGCUAACCUUAACUUUUAGUCCAGGUGUUUUAAAUAAAGUUAUAGCCCUUGUUCAAAGCAAGAUAGAAUCAAUCCAAUUAACGAUAAUAAGACAACAAUAUAACAACUUAGAUCUUACAUACCAAUCGGGAAGGAGGGAGAGACAUAUUGAGAUUUAACAGAUGCCCCGUGUAAAUAACAAAGCUUGCUUAAAUGGUGCGUAAAGGUCACGGGAAAAGGGCAACGGCUAUAACUUACUAGCUACGGAGGGAAAAGAACAACAGCUAUAACUUACUAGAUAAGGAGGGAAAAGACAACAGCUGCAAUUUACCAGAUAAGGGGAUUAAUUCUGCCAAGAUCGUACUUCUCCACAUCAAAGGACAUUCUACAUCAAAAGACACUCAUCCUUGAGAAGAUCGACCGAAUCUGCCUGCACGAGUGAAGAAAGAAGAAGCAGGACAAGGUGGAGACUUACAAGAAAGGGGUGCAUAAACUGCAUAUAAGGAAUGUAACUAUAACAUAAAGUGCGAGCCGUUGGUAGAGCGCGGACUCCCCGGCCGCCCAGCGCUGUUUUGCUCUCUUAUCGCUUGCUAAUAAAUUCGAUCUUUUUAUUUAA